CUUUCCCCGGAUGACUCCUGAUUGGUGGGAGUGGGAGCCACUCUGCUGCGCCCCCCAUGUUGCUCCGCCCCCAGGGAAGACUCAGGUUCCUCCUCCUAGCUCCCUCCCCUCGCUCCAGCUCUUCAGCUAAUCACCCCGCGGCGCGCGCCCUAAAGUUCUGGGCAAAGUACUGAGAACUGGUACCGGGAUCGCACGCCGGUCAGUGGCAGAGGACCAGGGACCCCCGCGCCAGGAGAGCCGGUGAGCAGCACGGGCUUCCGCCCACCAUCUGUCGGCGAGUGGUGCUCGGCGCCCCAGUCUCCUGCGGCUGGUGCUGGAACUGCCGUCGGCUGAGCCUUGCAGGGACGGGAGAAGCCGGGUUUGCCUCCUUCCCGGUCUGAAACCUCCACCGGGGAACCAAGCAGAGUCCCCAGCUGCGGAAAGCUCAGGGAUUUCCUCCGAGACACCCACCAUGGUCUUUAGACACACCAGGUAGGCGCUGACACCUGCCCGCGCGGCCUCCACCCUCUCUGCUUCACCGUCUUCUCAUGGCAUUUGGUCUGCGCUGAGCCCGAGUGACCAGCUCUUCAUAAUGAGUGACGAGAAGAACCUGGGUGUGUCCCAAAAAUUGGUUUCUCCUUCAAGAAGCACAAGUAGCUGUUCCUCCAAGCAAGGAAGCCGACAGGACAGCUGGGAAGUGGUGGAGGGACUGAGGGGGGAGAUGACGUACACCCAGGAGCCGCCCGUGCAGAAAGGAUUUCUGCUGAAAAAGAGGAAGUGGCCCUUGAAAGGCUGGCACAAGAGAUUCUUCUACCUGGACAAAGGAAUCUUGAAAUAUGCCAAGAGCCAAACUGAUAUUGAGCGAGAGAAGCUGCAUGGCUGCAUUGAUGUGGGCCUUUCAGUGAUGUCUGUGAAGAAGUCGUCCAAGUGUAUCGAUCUUGACACCGAGGAGCACAUCUAUCACCUGAAGGUGAAGUCCGACGAAGUUUUUGACGAGUGGGUAUCCAAGCUCCGCCACCACAGAAUGUACCGGCAGAAUGAGAUUGCCAUGUUUCCCCGGGACGUCAGUCACUUUUUCCCAGGGCCCACGGUCACAGAUUCUGCCCCAGGAGUGUUCGACUCCAUUUCCAGUAGGAAGCGUAGCAGUCUGUCGAAGCAGAACUCAUUUCAAACUGGAAGCAACUUGUCAUUUUCUUGUGGUGGUGACACACGAGUUCCAUUCUGGCUGCAGCCUUCCGAGGACAUGGAAAAAUGCUCCAGAGACCUGGCACACUGCCAUUCAUAUCUGCUGGAAAUGAGCCAGCUCUUACAGAGCAUGGACGUCCUGCAUAGAACAUACUCGGCGCCAGCCAUCAACGCCAUCCAGGGUGGAGCUUUUGAAAGUCCCAAAAAGGAAAAGCGAUCACACAGGCGGUGGCGGUCCAGGGCUAUUGGCAAAGAUGCUAAAGGAACGCUGCAGGUCCCCAAACCCUUUUCUGGCCCAGUGAGACUACACUCUUCCAAUCCUAAUUUGUCAACAUUGGACCUGGGCGAAGAGAAGUCUUACUCGGAUGGUUCUGAAGCCUCAUCCGAGUUCUCCAAGAUGCAGGAGGACCUGUGCCAUAUCGCCCACAAAGUUUACUUCGCUUUAAGGUCAGCAUUUAAUAGCAUAUCGGCGGAGAGAGAGAAGCUGAAGCAGCUGGAGCUGGACGCCUCCUCCUCGCCCUCUGCUCAGGUCGUCGGGCUGAAGCACGCGCUGUCAUCCGCCCUAGCACAAAACACAGACCUUAAAGAACGCUUACGCAGAAUCCAUGCGGAAAGUAUGCUCGACCCUCCUGCUGUUCCCAAGUCGGGGGACAACCUGGCAGAGGAAAUCUCCGGCGACGAAAGCCGAGCCCUGGUGCACCAGCUCUCCAACGAAAGCAGGCUGUCCAUCACCGACUCCCUUUCUGAGUUCUUUGAUGCCCAGGAAGUUCUGCUUUCUCCUAGCUCUUCAGAAAACGAGAUUUCUGAUGACGAUUCCUAUGCCAGUGACAUAAGUGACAAUCUGUCCUUGGACAACCUUAGUAAUGAUUUAGACAAUGAAAGACAGACCUUGGGUUCUGUUCUCGAAAGUGGAGGGGAAGCCAGGUCCAAAAGGCGGACCUGCCUGCCGGCGCAGGGCCCCAACACCAGUAGUGUCAGCUUGUGGAGCAUCCUGCGCAACAACAUCGGGAAGGAUCUGUCCAAGGUGGCCAUGCCAGUGGAGCUGAAUGAGCCACUGAAUACCCUGCAGCGGCUCUGCGAGGAGCUGGAGUACAGCGAGCUGCUGGACAAGGCUGCGCGCAUGCCCAGUGCCCUGGAGAGGAUGGUAUACGUGGCAGCCUUCGCCAUCUCUGCCUAUGCAUCCAGCUACUUCCGAGCAGGCAGCAAGCCAUUUAACCCGGUCCUUGGAGAAACGUAUGAAUGCAUCCGACGUGAUAAGGGCUUCCAGUUUUUUGCCGAGCAGGUCAGCCACCACCCACCGAUCUCCGCCUGCCACGCUGAGUCGGGAAACUUCGUUUUCUGGCAAGAUGUGAGAUGGAAAAACAAAUUCUGGGGGAAAUCCAUGGAAAUUGUCCCAAUUGGCACAACGCACGUGACACUGCCAGCUUUUGGGGAUCACUUUGAGUGGAACAAAGUGACCUCCUGCAUCCACAACAUCUUGAGCGGACAGCGGUGGAUCGAGCACUACGGUGAAAUUGUCAUCAAGAACCUGACCGAUGACUCCUGCCACUGCAAAGUGAACUUCAUAAAGGCAAAAUACUGGAGCACUAACGCCCAUGAGAUCGAAGGCACGGUGUUCGACCGCCAUGGGAAGCCUGUACACCGGCUGUUUGGGAAAUGGCAUGAGAGCAUCUACUGUGGUGGCGCCUCCUCCUCCACGUGUGUCUGGAGAGCAAAUCCCAUGCCGAAAGGCUAUGAGCAGUAUUACGGCUUCACGCAGUUUGCACUGGAGCUAAAUGAGAUGGAACCAUUAUCACGGUCUUUAUUACCACCCACCGACACUCGGUUCAGACCAGACCAAAGGCUUCUAGAAGAAGGGAACAUAGAGGAAGCUGAGGUCCAGAAGCAGAGGAUUGAACAGCUGCAGAGGGAGAGACGGCGGGUCCUGGAGGAAAACAACUUAGAGCAUCAGCCCCGCUUUUUCAGGAAAUCCAGCGACGACACGUGGGUGAGCAACGGGACCUACCUGGAGCUGAGGAAAGACCUUGGCUUUUCCAAACUGGACCAUCCCGUCUUGUGGUGAAAAAGUAAAGAAGAAAGAUAUGUUAAUGGACUUCCCCACAUUUGCUUCCGGAAGCAGCACACACCUGUGUCUGUAUGUUUAAAAGAUAGUGUCUAGAACGAUCCCUUGUUGCUUAGCUUAGCAAUAUGAGCACUGAAGUAUGUGUUUUCCUCAGUAAGUUUCUCUACAAUUUCAAGUAUUAUCAUGAUUGUUUAUAUGAAUGUAGAACACCUCGGUAUUUCCUUUUAUAUAUAAACUAUUUAAUAAAAAUGAAAGAUUGAA